GCCAAGGCGAAAACGCGCCGCCAGCUGCUAGAGGCCUUUGUUUCCAGGGAGGAUUACCACCGACAGAAGCACUACGAUUUCUGCAGCAAGCAGGUUCUGUCGGUUUACACCACCUUCCCGAGACCGUUCUUCUCCCGGGAGGACUUUCGGAGUUGUGUCCAGGCGCCGCAGGUCUUGCCGGCACCAGUGGCACCACAGGAAGAGAAGGCUUCUAAGGGAUCAGAAGAGCGUGCGGCCACAGCGAGCGUCGCUCCGGCAGCUCCCACAGCUCACGUGGCAGACACAGCUCCUACAGCAGCUUCACCAGCUGCGCCUUCGCAUGGCGCUGUGUGGAGCCGCUCGCCCCGUUUCCCUGCGCUUCUUCCAAGCACCAAGGAGGCCGCGACCGAAGUCCAGGUCCCGAGCCCUCGGAAGGCUCCAGACCGUCUUCAGCUACUGAAGACGUCGCCUGCGUGGUCCUUCGGAUGCCAUGGUGUUGGCCAUCGCUACCCCGGCCGAGGCGUGCUACCGCGAGGGCCCCGACACGUGGACUUCCGGAGCUUGCGUGCGAGCCUGGCCUUCGAUGACACUCGACUCCUCGAGGAUCCCUGGGUCCCUAGCCGUGAUUGA